UUCUGGAGAGAGGUGAGGGCUGGGGAAGGAUGUCCCAGGUCUUGCCUGCUGACCUGGGCAGUAGCAAUACCCUCUGGAGCAACUUGGUGGGUGUCCCAAGAGAAGCAGGUGUUUGCAGCUCUGUGUCACAGAAGAAUUGGAAGUGCACUGUGCCAGCAGCAGCCCUGGGAAGCGGACUGUUACAUCCUGAUUCGGAUCGGCCCCACCCGGAGGAUCCCAGAGAUGGCGAAGUACACGAGAGGCACCGUGACAGCCUUCUCUCCUUUUGAUGCCAGAGCUGAUGCAGAAGCUCUUCGUAAGGCCAUGAAGGGAAUGGGGACUGAUGAAGAAACUGUACUAAAGAUCCUGACCAGCAGAAACAAUGCUCAGCGACAAGAAAUUGCAUCUGCCUUUAAAACCUUGUUUGGCAGGGAUCUCGUAGAUGACCUGAAAAAGGAACUUACUGGCAAAUUUGAAACGUUGAUGGUGUCUUUGAUGAGACCAGCAUAUAUUUUUGAUGCUCAUGCACUGAAGCAUGCCAUCAAGGGAGCAGGAACCAAUGAGAAAGUGUUGACUGAAAUUCUUGCCUCCAGAACACCCGCAGAAGUGCAGCAGAUUAAACAGGUUUAUCUGCAAGAGUAUGAGGCCAACCUGGAGGACAAGAUCACAGGAGAAACAUCAGGCCAUUUCCAGAGGAUGCUGGUGGUCCUGCUGCAGGCGAACAGAGAUCCUGAUGUUGGAGUUGAUGAGAGUCUUGUUGAGCAGGAUGCUCAGGUCUUGUUUAGAGCUGGGGAGCUGAAAUGGGGAACAGAUGAAGAAAAGUUCAUCACCAUCUUGGGAACCCGCAGCGUUUCCCACCUCAGGAGGGUGUUUGACAAGUACAUGACUAUUUCUGGCUUCCAAAUUGAAGAGACCAUUGACCGGGAAACCUCUGGUGACUUGGAGAAGCUGCUUUUGGCAGUUGUGAAAUGCAUCCGAAGUGUGCCUGCCUAUUUUGCUGAGACUCUGUAUUACUCCAUGAAGGGGGCUGGCACUGAUGAUGACACCCUGAUCAGAGUCAUGGUUUCCAGGAGUGAAAUCGAUCUGUUGGAUAUUAGGCGGGAAUUCAGGAAGAACUUUGCAAAAUCCUUGUAUCAGAUGAUUCAGAAAGACACGUCUGGGGACUACAGGAAAGCCCUGCUGCUGCUCUGUGGUGGCGAUGAUGAGUAACGGGGACACCCAGGAUCUCUUGUACUCCAGCUUUGCACCCCAUAGUUGGCAUGUCUACCUAAGUUUUUAUACCUUAAUGCUUUGUGGCUGCUUGAAUUUAUACUGGCAUUGCACUUAUUAGGAAUGAGCAUAUUGUUAGCCAAGUGAUCCCUUCUUCCCCACAUCCCAACUUACAGGAGUUUCAAGUGCCUUUGGUGAUAUGAGAGUCAUCUUCAUGGAAGAUGGAUGCUGACGACCAAUUUCUUUGCAAGUGUUUUUGCUGUAAUAGGAAAAAGCAAUCAUGUAUUGCACUAAUCGUUUGAAGAUUAUCCUUUUUUGCAUACAUUUCCACCAAAUGUUAAGCCGGUUCUAACAUGACAAACAAAGCAAAGAUAUCCUUUGUAUGUAAUGUCUGAAUGAGUUUGCUGAACAUAAUACAAGCAAUCAUUGGAAAUCUAAAGGACCAAUAAAUUUUUCCCCUCUUA